AUGAAGAUGUUCAAAGACAAUGAACUUCUUAAAGUUAUCAGAGAAACACCAUCUGAGAUCAGUGAAGUUGUUUCUAGGUGCCGUAAAGAUUUCACAGAAGAAUUUUUUGCACAUCUUCACACUGUAGCAGAAUCUUAUUAUGACAAUCCAGAAGAACAAGAACAAAAUGAUGAUGCUUCACUCUUCAAAUGUGCUGCUCCCAAUUACUCCAAGCUCUUAGUCAAUAGAG